GAGAUGACAGCAUUCCUGAAAGUGCUUUGGAAGCUGAAGAAUGGGAUCAUUCUGUUUUCUACCCCAUUUCUUCUUCUCCCUUUACCACUGCUAAUCAGAACCAUGGAGGCAGACUGUGCCUAUGUGAUCAUGCUGAUGGCAGUCUACUGGUGCACUGAGGCCCUGCCAUUGGCUGUUACAGCCCUGCUACCUGCUGUGCUCUUUCCUGUCUUCGGCAUCAUGAGAUCCAAAGAGGUAUGUCUGCAGUACCUGAAGGACACCAACAUGCUGUUUGUGGGGACGUUGGUGGUUGCCGUGGCAGUGGAGCACUGGAAUCUGCACAAACGCAUUGCCCUUCGGGUGCUGUUCCUGGUUGGGGACCGACCAGCAUUCCUGAUGCUGGGCUUCAUGUGUGUGACCGCCUUCCUGUCCAUGUGGAUCAGCAACACCGCCACCACCGCUAUGAUGGUGCCGGUCGUCCAGGCUGUGCUGAUGCAGCUACACAAUAGGGAGGAGGAGGUGCCGGAACACCUCACUGUGGAGGGGGAGCAGGAAUAUGGGAAACAAAGAGAACUGGUGGUGGUGAAUGGGUCAGGUGUGUAUGAAGAGGCCAUGCCGUUUGAAGAGGCGGCAGAGAAGAGAAGGAUAUGUAAAGGCAUGAUGCUGAGCGUGUGUUACGCAGCCAGCAUCGGGGGCACUGCCACCCUGACCGGCACUGGGCCCAACCUGGUACUCCAGGGCCAGGUGAACCAGCUGUUCCCUAAGAAUGGUGAUGUCAUCAACUUUGCAUCAUGGUUCGGUUUUGCUUUCCCCAACAUGAUUCUCAUGCUCUUCAUGGCUUGGUUCUGGCUGCAGUUCAUCUUCAUGGGAAUGAACUUCAGGAAGUCGUGGGGUUGUGGGGUGAGGAAAUCGGAUAAGGAGGUGACUGCGCACCGGGUGGUCCGGGACGAGCUCCGCCGGCUGGGCCCUAUGUCGUUUGGGGAGGGCAGUGUGCUGGCGCUCUUCCUCCUGCUCGUCCUCCUCUGGUUCACUCGAGAUCCAGGAUUCACCACCGGCUGGGCCAGGAGUCUGCUCAGUGACAAUGCAGGGUAUGUGAGUGAUGCCACAGUAGCUGUUUUCAUUGCUGUACUGCUGUUCAUCCUUCCCUCCAAAGCACCCCGGCUCAGUUUAUACUCCCCCUGCCCUGACACAGGGUCCCAGAUCUCCGCAUCCCCGUCAGUCUUGCUCACCUGGAAGGUGGUCCAAGAUAAACUGCCCUGGAACAUUGUUCUGCUUCUUGGUGGGGGUUUUGCACUGGCCAAAGGGAGCGAGGUGUCCGGUUUGUCCAGGUGGCUGGGAAUUCAGCUGAUGCCCCUGCAGAACAUCCCCCCCUGGGCGACCGUCAUCAUCCUUUGCCUCCUGAUUUCCAUCUUUACAGAAUUCACCAGCAAUGUGGCUACAGCUACACUGUUCCUGCCCAUCCUUGCCUCCAUGUCACAGUCUAUUGGGCUGAACCCGCUGUAUGUCAUGGUGCCUUGCACUCUCAGCACCUCCUUCGCAUUCAUGCUGCCUGUGGCCACGCCCCCCAAUGCCAUCGUCUUCUCUUAUGGCUGCCUUCAGGCCUCUGACAUGGCUAAGGCUGGUAUUGUGAUGAACAUUAUUGGAAUCCUGUGCUGCACCCUGGCCAUUAACACCUGGGGCAGCGCUGUAUUCGUCCUGGACUCUUUCCCAACCUGGGCCAACAUCACCAGAGUAUGA